GCGGUCACGUGACUGCGGCCGGCCCGCCAAGAUGGCGGCCUCCUGCGUGGCCCUGGCGGCGCUCUCGCUCUGCCUGCCGCUGCUUCUGCUCGUCGCGUGGAAGCGCUGGCGGCGGGGGCGGGCGGCCCGGCACGUGGCGGUCGUGGUGCUGGGCGACGUGGGCCGCAGCCCCCGCAUGCAGUACCAUGCGCUGUCGUUGGCCAAACGCGGCUUCUCCGUGACCCUCCUGGGUUUCUGCAACUCCAAACCCCGCGAAGAGCUCUUGCAGAGCGACAGAAUUCAGAUUGUGGGUUUGACAGAACUUCAGAGACUCACAGUAGGGCCCCACAUUCUCCAGUAUGGCGUCAAAGUCGUGUUUCAGGCCGUGCACUUGCUAUGGAGGUUGAUGUGCAGGGAGCCAGCAGCCUACAUCUUUCUCCAGAACCCUCCAGGCCUGCCCGCCAUUGCCGUCUGCUGGUUUGUGGGCUGCCUCUGUGGGAGCAAGCUUGUCAUCGACUGGCACAACUAUGGCUACUCCAUUAUGGGUCUGGUGCAUGGCCCCAGCCACCCCCUUGUUCUGCUGGCCAAAUGGUACGAGAAGCUCUGUGGGCGCCUCUCCCACCUGAACUUAUGUGUGACCAACGCGAUGCGGGAGGAUCUGGCGGGGAACUGGGGCAUCAAAGCCGUGACUGUCUACGACAAGCCAGCAUCUUUCUUCAAAGAGACGCCCUUGGACCUGCAACACCAGCUCUUUAUGAAGCUGGGCCGCACGUACUCUGUGUUCAGGGCCCGCCCAGGACCCUUGGACCCGGCCACAGAGAGGUCGGCCUUCACAGAGCAGGACCCUCGGAGCGGGACAGUGAUGCAUCUGCACGGGCGGCCGGCCCUGCUGGUCAGCAGCACGAGCUGGACAGAGGAUGAAGACUUCUCCAUCUUGCUGGCAGCGUUAGAAAAGUUUGAACAGCUGAUCCUGGAUGGAGAGAGCCUUCCUUCUCUGGUCUGUGUGAUAACAGGCAAAGGGCCUCUGAAGGAGCAUUACAGCCGCCUCCUUAGCCAGAAGCGUUUCCGGCACAUCCAGGUCUGCACCCCGUGGCUGGAGGCCGAGGACUACCCACUGCUUCUAGGCUCCGCGGACCUGGGCGUGUGCCUCCACAAGUCCUCCAGCGGCCUGGACCUGCCCAUGAAGGUGGUGGACAUGUUCGGGUGCUGCCUGCCCGUGUGCGCCGUGAACUUCCCCUGCUUACACGAGCUUGUGAAGCACGAGGAGAACGGCCUGGUCUUCGAGGACUCAGAGGAGCUGGCAGUUCAGCUGCAGAUGCUUUUGUCUGAGUUUCCGGAUCCUGCGGGCAAGCUGAGCCAGUUCCGGGUGAACCUGCGUGAGUCAGAGCGGCUUCGCUGGGAUGAGAGCUGGAAGCAGACGGUGCUCCCUUUGCUUAUGGACACGUGACCACUUGGGCUGAAGCCCCUGAGCAUGUCCUCGUGCUGGACGUCGUGAGGCGAGAGACCCUCACGUUGACACCACCCCCUCCUUCCAUCCUGGGAGCCUGGCCCACUUCCCUCCUGCUGCCCCAGUCCCUCUGCAAACUCUGCAGAGCGGCGCCUCCCAGCAGCCGGCAACGGGAAGGACAGCCAUGGGCGCCGCCUGUGGAAUGAAGUUAUUUUUAUAACAACCAGGAGUUGACGCCCAGGAAGCUGGUCCAGCCUGGUGUCGUCUCUGCAUUACUUCCCUCUCUCCUUCUGUCUGUGACUCUGUCUUCCCUCCCCAGCGUAUUCCUGUUCUGUUGUUUGCUUGCGGCGUCUUCAACAUCUUUUAGUCUGUUUUUGUGUCCUGGUGUCUGUCUGCCUUUCCAGCAUCUGCCCUGUCUCGGCCCCGGUAUUCUCAUUCCUGCCUUGAGAACAGGCCCCGCAGCCCGCUGCGCUGUGAACGGACGAUGCGCCACGAGGACAGCGGGCUCGGCUUCGUGAGGGAUGCGUGUCCAGACUGGGGGGAAAACAUACCCGAUGUGUGUUUCUAUUUGCACAAAUGGAAUGUUUCUCUCUGAGCCCGAGUUUUCGUUUCUGAUUUUCUUGCUUGAGCACCAGGACCUCUGACAGAAGGGGCGCUACACGCAUGCAGUGUUCAUGCUUUAUGAGAACACGGUUUGUGCUUCCUGUCUCGGGCUUUGACGUUGUUCGAGCAUUCAAGUCCAACGAAAGGUUCCUCAGCUUUCCCACGCGUAAAUUCUUUCCGGUAGUGAUUUGACGUUCACAUGAAUCUCCAAAAACGUCUGCAGCCCUACAGCGUCAGUUUCAGGAUUGCCGUCUCCGACUGCUCAUCAUAGGGAAACAGCUUCUGGUCGUGACGGGGCUCUGUCUCCCACUGGAUCCCGGCCCGGCCUGCAAACGGAGCAUUCGAGUCUCAGGAUGGUGGGGUCUGGGGACAGGUGCCACCCCAUCCACGCAGGGCUGCAGGACAGGCUGGGGGGCGUACAAACCACACAUUUCCAGGCCCCCCCCCACACCCCUCGACUCGGACUCCGGGGGCGGGACCAGGAGUCAUUCAACAGCUCACAGCAGCCAGAUUUGCUGCCUCCGCCCACCAGGCCGGGCCCAGCCCUGGAAGGUCACGGCCCGUCUGGGUGCCCUGUCGCUCUCUGCGCCUGUCUUCUGCCUGUCACCGGCACAGCUGGGGGGGUGCCGAGACUCAACCUGCAUCCGCCUGGGACCUGUGUCAGAAGGGCUCCUGUGCGCUGUGUGAGCAAUGGUGUGCGAAGAGCCCUGGUGGGGAUCAUCUUGUCAUCACCAUUUUUUAUGAAUGAAAAAUUAGUAUUUACCAAAAAAAUUAGACAUAAAAGUGUCACAAUCCUGCCAUCCAAGUGUAACGACAGUUAACUGGUGUAUAUUCUUCCAGAUUCCCCCCAUACGUAUUUCAGUAUGAAGAUGAGUUUUUAGAAUAAAAAUGGGCUUAUGCCGUAUAUGCUGUCUGG